AUGGAGGCCAUCGAUGUGAGAUUGGAUCGUGCCAAUGGAAAAGGGGCUAAAGUCCCUAGUGACAUGAUGGAAGAGCAAGGGAAUAAUGAAGUUGAUGCUAGUGAUGACAAUGAUGCAUCUCCCAUGUCAAUAAACAAGGAAGGCAACCAAUCUGUGGUUAGUCAAAACAAGAGGAAAAGAGGCUCAAGUGAUGAAGACAGAAUUGUGACUGCGCUUGAAAAAUUGUUCGAAGUAUCUGGAAAAAGGAUGCAAAUGGUGACUGACGCUUUCUUAAAAGGUAAUGAAGAUCGAUAUGAUAUUGCCAAAGAAGUCAAGGAAAUGGGGUUUUUUUUGCUAUGGAUCAAAUUAAAGCAUUAA